CACCGACAGGGCACGCCGAGCGUACUUACGUCAAGUGACGUACCCGGAAGUGUAGCCACGUCGUCAGCGAGAAGAAGGAAAGGAGGAGGAACAGGAAGCGUUUCACUCACUCUUCACUGCACCUCCCUGCUAAACACCCACAAAACAACACAUGAUGGCUGAGUUUCAGGAAGUACUUAAGCAGUCCGGGCUGCACCCUAAACCUGCAGGGCUGGUGUUGCAGUAUGGCACCGCUGGUUUCAGGACCAACGCCAAAGAUCUGGACCACGUCAUGUUCAGGAUGGGGCUGCUGGCAACUCUCCGCUCCAAAAAGACAAAAGCCACAAUCGGAGUCAUGGUCACUGCAUCACACAACCCAGAGGAGGACAACGGGGUGAAGCUGGUUGACCCCAUGGGCGAGAUGGUGACACCAACGUGGGAGGGCUACGCAACCCAGCUGGCCAACGCGGAGCAGGAGGAUUUGCUCACAGCUCUGAAAGAUGUUAUCAAGAAGGAGGACAUAAACAUGGGCCAGGAGGCGAAUGUGUUUGUGGGUAAAGACACCAGAAGCAGCAGUGCCAGCCUCUCACAAGCAGUGUUGGAUGGAGUUUCUGCACUUGGUGGUAAAAGCAAAGACUAUGGUUUGGUGACCACCCCACAGCUCCACUACAUGGUUUGCUGUCAGAACACGCAGGGUAAAUAUGGAGAAGCAACGGUGGAAGGAUACUAUAAGAAACUCUGCGAAGCUUUCAUUCAGCUCACAAAGAAUGCGUCAAAUUGCACAGACGACCAGAAACACCUCACCGUGGACGGUGCUAACGGUAUUGGGGCUCUAAAGGUGCGCGAGAUGGAGAGUCACCUGAAGAAGGAGCUGCAUAUAUCGCUGUUCAACGACGGCAGUAAAGGGAAGCUCAACCACCAGUGUGGGGCCGACUUUGUCAAAGUGCAACAAAAAGCUCCAACAGGCAUUGAGAUGAACCCAGGGGAGCGCUGCUGUUCCUACGACGGCGACGCUGACCGAAUCAUUUACUACUACUCCGACUCUAAAGGACAGUUUCACCUGCUGGACGGAGACAAAAUCGCAACUCUCAUCAGCACUUUCCUGAAAGAGCUGCUCACACAGGCUGGGCUAGACUUGCAGAUAGCAGUGGUGCAGACUGCUUACGCUAACGGAAGCUCAACGCGCUAUCUGGAAGACACGAUGAAGGUAACAGUGAGGUGUACUAAAACUGGAGUGAAGCACCUUCAUCAUGCAGCCCAGGAGUUCGAUAUCGGCGUGUACUUCGAGGCCAACGGUCAUGGAACUGUGCUGUUCAGUAAGGCAGCUGAAGAGAAGAUCCAGCAGCUGGCGGAGAACACGGACACCGACGACGAGAGGAAGAGAGCAGCUCUCCUGCUGCAGAACACUGUGAACGUCAUCAACCAGACUGUAGGUGAUGCCAUUUCUGACAUGCUGCUGAUUGAAGCCAUAUUGGCCAUCAAGAGUAUGACUGUCCAGCAGUGGGACGCAAUCUACAGCGACCUGCCAAACAGGCAGCUCAAAGUCAAGGUGUCGGACCGCAGGGUGAUAGACACGACGGAUGCAGAGAGGCGGGCAGUGAGCCCAGACGGACUGCAGGAGGCCAUCGACAGCUUAGUGAAGAAGCACAGACAGGCCCGCUCCUUCGUGAGACCCUCCGGCACCGAGGACGUGGUGAGAGUUUACGCCGAGGCAGAAUCUCAGGAGAGCGCUGAUGCCCUGGCACACAAAGUCAGCCUCGCGGUUUAUCGUCUCGCCGGAGGAGUCGGGGGUGAACCCAAACCGCUGCACUAGAGACACGAAGUCACACAGAACUGACAAAUCCAUUGGUGCUUUUUUGGAUGCAGUCUAUUUAAUAUCAAAUUGCUUCUUUUCCGUGAGGUGCCAUUUCAUGUACUGUUAAUUUCACUUUGGACUUAACGGUGCUUCUCUGUUUCUCUGUAUUCGUCUGUCAUUGUGAAGAAAUGGGACAAACUGUGGGAGAUUUUGUGCUUCUUUGAAAAAAGCUACUCUUUGCUUGUUGUAAUGUCUCGAACAGGCGGCUACGUGCCUGGAAAUCUCAUUUAAAUAAGCUACUUGAACUUAUAUGUCAUAAUCAAAACAUAAAUUGUCUUUGCACUCAGAUUUUGAUAACAGUUUCAAUCACAUUUCUGUUAUGUUAACUUCUUACUAACUGGAAUCUUUUUGUUACGUCUGUCUUUGAUUUUUUUAACAGUGGAUUUGAUCAUGAAACAAGUUUACACAUGAGGGGAGCUGUAGCAAUUGUACUUCCCUUGAAUGUCAGUUUCUGCUUUAGUUUAAAUAAAUAAUUCAAAAGAAAAA